GGGAGAGGUAGGAGUGGGCCAUGAAGCUCACAGACAGGUCGGGGCUAAGUGGAGGAGGGCUUCUGCUGUUGUGGCCCUUUGCUGUCUUCCUGAUCCCUCUGCCUUCUCUUUGGUCACCUUCAUUCUUUAGUCCCUCCACAGCUGAAAUAUCGAGCAGAGGACCAAAAUCGAUGAUCUCCUUGGCUGGUGGCUUACCAAAUCCAAACAUGUUUCCUUUUAAGACUGCUGUAAUCACUGUAGAAAAUGGAAAGACCAUCGAAUUUGGAGAAGAGAUGAUGAAGAGAGCACUUCAGUAUUCUCCGAGUGCUGGAAUUCCAGAGCUUUUGUCCUGGCUAAAACAGUUACAAAUAAAAUUGCAUAAUCCUCCUACUGUCCAUUACCCACCCAGUCAAGGACAAAUGGACCUAUGUGUCACAUCUGGCAGCCAACAAGGUCUUUGUAAGGUGUUUGAAAUGAUCAUUAACCCUGGAGAUAAUGUCCUCCUAGAUGAACCUGCUUAUUCAGGAACUCUUCAAAGUCUGCACCCACUGGGCUGCAACAUUAUUAAUGUUGCCAGUGAUGAACAUGGGAUUGUUCCAGAUUCCCUAAGAGACAUACUUUCCAGAUGGAAACCAGAAGAUUCAAAGAAUCCCCAGAAAAACACCCCCAAAUUUCUUUAUACUGUUCCAAGUGGCAACAACCCUACUGGAAACUCAUUAACAAGUGAACGCAAAAAGGAAAUCUAUGAGCUUGCAAGAAAAUAUGAUUUCCUCAUAAUAGAAGAUGAUCCUUACUAUUUUCUCCAGUUUAACAAGUUCAGGGUACCAACAUUUCUUUCCAUGGAUGUUGAUGGACGUGUCAUCAGAGCUGACUCUUUUUCAAAAAUCAUUUCCUCUGGGUUGAGAAUAGGAUUUUUAACUGGUCCGAAACCCUUAAUAGAGAGAGUUAUUUUACACAUACAAGUUUCAACAUUGCACCCCAGCACUUUCAACCAGCUCAUGAUAUCACAGCUUCUACAUGAUUGGGGAGAAGAGGGUUUCAUGGCUCAUGUAGAUAGGGUUACUGAUUUCUAUAGUAACCAGAAGGAUGCAAUAUUGGCAGCUGCAGACAAGUGGUUAACUGGUUUGGCAGAAUGGCAUGUUCCUGCUGCUGGAAUGUUUUUAUGGAUUAAAGUUAAAGGCAUUAAUGAUGUAAAAGAACUGAUUGAAGAAAAAGCCGUUAAGAUGGGGGUAUUAAUGCUCCCUGGAAAUGCUUUCUACAUCGAUAGCUCAGCUCCUAGCCCUUACUUGAGAGCAUCCUUCUCUUCAGCUUCUCCAGAACAGAUGGAUAUGGCCUUCCAGGUAUUAGCACAACUUAUAAAAGAAUCUUUAUGAAGAAAUUAAACUAGGUUGGGCAUGGUGGCUCACACCUAUAAUCCCAGCACUUUGGGAGGCUGAGGAGGGAGGAUCACUUGAGCCCAGGAAUUCAAGGCUGCAGUAAGCUACGAUCACACCACUGCACUGUGGCCUGCGUGGCAGAACAAGACCCUGUCUCUUAAAAAAGAGAAAGAAAGAAAUCAAACUAAUCAUGCUGCUCAUGGAUUUUUCCAAUAAAUUUCUUGUUUUGGCAGGAAGAAAUGAACACUGGUAUUAUUAGACUUACAGAUUAAAUUAAAUUUCCUCAAACAUGUCCUAUCUGUAGUAGUUCAACUAGACACCUUUUAAAGUGCCUCUAAAUUCAUCAGAUGGCCAAAAUGUAUUUAUAAUCCACUGAAGCAUUUUGAAAAAUUUUCAACCUGUAAAAAAUUACUUUUAUCUUGGAUUUAUUAUAAAGAACUUUAUAGUUGCUUUAUAAUUUCCCAUAAAUUGUCUUUGAAACUAACAUUUUACACUGAAUUAUUUUGAGAUUUUAAAGAAAUAAUUAAGUUCAAAAUGGUAUAUAAUGUGUACUUUUUCUACUUUUAGGAAAAUUUAAUGAGAGCUUAUUGCAAAAAUUGUUAUAAGUUGAUCAUUAUAAGUGACUUUCAGUAAAAGUACCAUAAACAUUAUGUUAUGCCACAGAAAUUCCUUUAAAAUAAAAUUCUUAAACUAAACAUA